CCGAGCGGAGCACCGACUCAGACACCGACGCAGCGAGCGGACGACAGGUCCAUCAGCCGACAUAUGAAGGCUCCAUUUCCCGCAUCAGAGACUGGUUUUCGGUGAUUCUCCUCUCGGCCGUCGCUUCUCUAUGGAUGUGAAGUAAAAGCGGGCGGUAGUCAGUCGCUGUCCUCUCCGUCUCCGUGUCCUUCCUCCCCGCUCGCUCAGGACCGCAUCCUGCCCCGAUCCACAAAAUGGCGGACAUCAUCGAGCUGGGACCCGCCUACGCCAUGUCUCCGGUGCUGGCAGGCUUCCUGGGAGCUGGUGUUCUGGUUCUGGUCGUGGUGGUUCUGGUUCUGCUCUGGUCCUUCUGUCAGCGCCGUUACCUUCGCAUUUCUGGGCGAUACAAGCUGCACGGUGACCGUUACUACGACACAGAGGACCCACCCUAUAAGUUCAUCCACAUGCUAAAGGGUAUCAGCAUUUACCCAGAAUCCCUCAGUAGCAGCAAGAGGAUUGUGCGCGGCAUCCGGCGUGCCGACCGCUCCGACCGUGACGGAGAGCGAAGCUGCACCACAACAGGCACCGCCGGGAGGGGGAUGGUCCUGGUGGACGCUGAGAACAACAUCCUGGAUGUCCCCGGCCAGCUGCAGAUGAGUCACCUGGUCCCACCUGCUGGGUCAGACCCUACCCACAACCAGGCUCGGCUGGAAAGAGCUUUACCGGUCCGUGCUGACUACUGCUGCCUGGACAGCAGCUCGGCCAGCAGCAGCCAGACAAGCAGCAAGACGGCGUCCCCAUUCACCCCUGCCUCCUCGGAGCCCGAGCCCGAGCCCAGUCUGGGGUCCAUCAGUCUCACCGUCGACUACAACUUCCCCAAAAAGGCUCUGGUGGUGACCAUCGUCGGGGCCCGGGGCCUCCCCGCUAUGGAUGAGCAGGCGGGUAGCUCAGACCCCUACGUGAAGAUGACCAUCCUGCCUGAGAAGAAACACCGGGUGAAGACCCGCGUCCUGAGGAAGACCCUGGACCCACUGUUUGACGAGACCUUCACCUUCUACGGCGUAGCCUACAGCUCGCUGCCCGAGCUCACCCUGCACUUCCUGGUCCUCAGCUUCGACCGCUUUGCCCGCGAUGAUGUCAUCGGGGAGGCAGUGGUGCCACUGAAGGGCGUGGACCCGAGCACGGGCCGCGUCCACCUGAGCCAGCAGAUCACCAAGAGGAACAUGCAGUGUGAGAGUCGUGGAGAGCUGCUGGCAUCUCUGUCCUACCAGCCGGUGUCUCAUCGCCUCAGUGUGGUCGUCCUGAAGGCUCGACACCUCCCCAAGAUGGACAUCACCGGCCUGUCAGCCAACCCCUACGUGAAGGUGAACGUCUUCUACGGUCGGAAGCGCAUCGCCAAGAAGAAGACCCACGUGAAGAAAUGCACGCUGAACCCGGUCUUCAACGAGUCUUUCAUCUACGACAUCCCGCCCGAGCUUCUGCCUGAAAUCUCCGUGGAGUUCCUGGUGGUCGACUUCGACCGGACCACCAAGAACGAGGUCCUGGGUCGCCUCCUGCUCGGCCUCCACAGCCCCGCCCCCUCCGGAGCCUCCCACUGGAGGGAGGUGUGUGAAAACCCCCGCCGGCAGAUCUCCAAAUGGCACAACCUGAGCGAGUACUAAGAGAGGAGCACCGCCAGAAUCCAGCCGACACCACUGACCGGCUGGGACUCCACCAGUGAAGCCACUGGGAGAUAAAAGACUUAGUGUACAGCACAUUCACACACAUACACACAGACACACACACACAUAAAACCGCAUACAUACACACUGUUGUGAUCAUAGGUAAACUCUCUCUCUCUAUUAUGUCUCUCUACCACCACUACAUCUGCAAAAUGUAAGAAGAAUCCUGCAGCUCUUUACAGCCAGUCAACAAACCAUGAAGUCCAUUUCUAAGACUGUUCUCGUGUCUCCUCUGGCUGUCGAUGUGUGUAGACGGGGGGAAGGAAUGCUCAAAUAUGAUUAAAAAAAAUAAUAAUGUAAGAAAAAAAAAAAAGAAAAAGACCCCCUUAUGCUGUUGUUGCCAUGCAGUUCAUUGCAUGUCUGUCUGAAAAAAAAUAAAAAAUACUCAGAAUGAAGAUUUAAGAUCCACUGACAUCACGAUGGCGGGAAGAAGUUUCAGCUCUGAUAGAAAACGUGAUGAAAAUACUCUGCAAAUAAACUGAAACACGGAAUAUAUCCAAGUAUGAUCUCUCCUCUGUAGGACCAAACACUGCUGCAAAGCACGCGCUCCCGAUGCUCCACCGCUCAGUGAGCUGCUGUCCAUUUCUGGGAGGAUUGUUGUUUUUAGACUGCAGAAGAUCAUUUUCACCCAGCGCUCCUGCAGCAGAUCAUGCAACUGCACCCUGAUACCGGAGGAAGUGGACUAAUCGUGGAUUCCAAACUGUGUUAACACCUCCUGACUGACCCUAGAUCAUUUUAAAUCAGCCUCCUGCUCAUGAAGACUGAAAGACAAUGUAAAAUACUUGUUUGUAACAUGAAUGCUUUCCUCUAAUUUAGACACUUCAAGUGCGGCAGAGGGCGGCUGUGCUGUCUGAUGAUGUCUCAGGCUCGUUGUCUUCAGAACUAAAGCUCGUUAAUACAGAAUAGCAUCAUGUUGUGGAAAUAUAUUCUGAAUUCAGCGUUGUAGAGAAGCAGGUUUAGCAGAUGUGUGCUUUAGUUAAGAGGAGAAAAUGACCUUCAGACAGCGUUCUCCGUAAAUGAUAAUGAGGUAAUUAAGUCAAGAGCAAGUGGGAGCUUCAGGGCUUAAAAAUGAAACUGGAAGUGCCAAAAGCUGCAUCUCCUCUAAUAGUGUUCAGGCAGCUCACUGACGAAUCUGAAAUUAAAGGCACGGAAAUGAAAACCUGACACAGUAUUAAAGAGAGAUGAAAUGUGCAGCCUGUAAUUCAGCUGACCAUCUAAACGUAAAACUAAUCAAUCACAACAAUUUUGCUUCUUAACAGUUCGACUACAUCCUUGAUGAUAAAAGGAGGCUAAAGAGACACAUUAGCUGAUGUAACAGUUUAAGUCCACAGUGCUUAGGCCAGAGUGGGUUUGUGAUACACUCUGGAAACCCCUGAUAUCCUGAAGUCCAACCGUCCAAAAUCCAGAGGAAGUCACUUUACUGUUACGUGCAAAUUGCAUGAAAUACUGUUUAAGGGAUUAUUGGACUGUUGAAUACUUGUAAACCAAACUAGUUACGACUUGUUUAUAAAAGUCCAAAUAUAAUUCAUUAUUUUGGCAGUCGUUCUUUAUUGAUUGAGGCCUUUAAAAGCACUGAUUGGUACAGGAGCCCAGUGUGAUGGCCACAUGAGCCCCCCCCCCAGACUUCCAUGUUAAAAUUUCCAACUAUACAGCAACUGUACAGUGAGUGAAUCCCCAUAAACUUCCAACUGGACAGUAGACAGGCUUCCCGCAGAUCCAUUAAAGUUUUUAAAGGGCAUUAAAUUCAUUCAAAAAAAAAUUAUAGACUUAAUUAGUAUUAAAGAAGUGUUAAAUCAGCUCAAAUCAGGAUCUUGAAAUAUGUUGACCGCGUUCCUCAGAGCAGAUGUGCUGCGCUGUGUGCUGGCAAUGAACAAAACUGACCCUCUCCACCUUAUUUGUGGUGGUUGGAGCAUUUUUACUGCGAUUAUCUAGUAAAUAAUACAGCUGUUUGGUUAUAGCCCAUCCAAGACGUCUGAGUGUGAAAUUCCAGGAUUCUAGCAGUGUUACAGGAAGCUGUAUGUUGGACUUUAUGGAAAGUUUAUGGAUUGUGGAUGGAUGAGCAUAAAAGUCGAGUGUAGGCACACCAGCGUCACCUUUUGGUUUGUGUGCGUUUUCACUGUUGCCGUCUUAGCUUUUUGAUGUCGGUCUGACUGUGAAACCGAGGGACGCUGCACACUCAUACCGUAGAGACUUGCCAGUCACAAAGUAAAUCAUCCCCCAUAAUUUACAAAAAUAAUAUCAUGCUGUAUUCAGUAAGCCCUGAAACUACCAGUUGAAACCAUAAACUGAUUACUGAGGUAACAAAUCAAAGAUAGGAUCUCAUUUUCUCAGACUUCUAUUCAGUCUGGCUGCUUUUUCCAGUCGGUUACCGCCCCCUGCUGGUCAUCAGAAGGAAUGUAUGUUUAAACACAUUGCCUUCACUUUUCAGACUCUGAAGCUGCGUCCACCUUUUGUAUCCAGUCUGUAUUUCUAACCAAGCGUGCUAGCCUCGUCUGAUAACAGCUCACCCUCACUUCUGGUGCCACAAAAAGGCAGCAAAGGUUUGGAGCCCAGAGCACGAACACUGAUGCUUCAGAAAGUCUGUGGACGUCAGCCGGGAUGUGAAACAUGCUCAGCAGCCCGAGCUCUCCUCUGCUUCACUGCGUUCUUUCUUUCUCUCUCUUUCUGUCUCAUUUUGUACAUUUCCCCUCUCUCCUCCAUCACAUUGAGACUCUGAUUUGCACUGCUUUGUAAAGCAUUUCUUCCUCUGUGAAUGUUCCCCCGCAGCCAGCUGGUGGCGCUGUUUUAUAUUAAUUUGUUCCUACAAGCCCAGUGAAUAUUUGUCUGAGGUGACGUUGGACUUUGGCUUCAUGUUUUCUUAAUGAUGAGUUUGUUUGAGUGGUAAUACACUGUGAGUUUAGUCUUGAAAGCACAUUUUAAUCCCAGUUUAACCUUAAAUCUGCUCAGCAGCUUGCUUACUAGUACAGAGAGUAAUAAACUUUGUGUAAGUUUCACUUUGAAGCAGACAGAUGUGAAGAAGAAGCCACAGACAGCUUUUACCAGAAAACACGCCACCUGAAGCCUGACCUCCAUCGACGCCCUCAGAUCCCGUUUGUGGAUUCAAGCUGUGACCUGCAGACCAACAGACAGAGCGACAGACAGACGGACUGAGUGUAGAUUUGUACAGAUGUGAAGAUGUUUGCUGGUUUCCUUCCUGUCUGAUGUUCUCAGAGCUUUAGUGUGUUUGAGCGCCCCCUGCUGUAGACCUGGAUGCUAACCUCUGUGUUGGGUUUGUUAACACUCAUUGGACGUGCAAAUAAAAACGAGUUAAUCAUGA